GGAAGGCAGGCAAGCGAGCAGUAAUCUCAGAGGGUAACAAUGGCAAGGUGCUUUGGGACAGUAUUGUUUCUCCUCUCUGUCCUUCUUUUCCUACAGACAGAGCAGACAGUGUUUAUAUCUGCUGACGAUGCAAACAAAGUUAUCAAGAGACACAGGCGGGCCAGUUUCCUGCUUUUGGAGGAGGUCCUUCAGGGCAGCUUGGAAAGAGAGUGCUUUGAGGAGAGAUGCACACAGGAAGAAGCAAGAGAAGUAUUUGAAAAUGAUGAAAUGCUUAAAAUGUUUUGGGAUGCCUAUUAUGAUGGCAAGAGGUGCUCUUCAAACCCAUGCCAACACAACAGCGUGUGCAAAGACAACAUUCGCAGUUACACAUGUACCUGUGCAGACGGUUAUGAAGGAGAGAACUGUGCUUUUGCUAAAAAUGAAUGUCGACACCAAGCAAAAGAAGGAUGUCACCAUUUCUGCUACCCAGGAACUACAUCAUAUCGCUGCUCCUGUGCUGAUGGCUAUAAGCUCGGGAAGGAUAAAAAACAAUGCAUCGCGUUAGAUAAGUGUGCAUGCGGCACAAUUCAAGACACUAAUAAUUUGAUGAAGAUAAGUGAAACCAGGAAGAAACGUGACAAGGGAUUUCCUUGGCAGGUCCUGUUGCUAAAUUCAGAAAGGAAGGGCUUCUGUGGAGGAGUGCUACUGAAAAGUAACUUUGUAUUGACAACAGCAGAGUGUGCCCUUCUGCACAGCAACUUUGAAAUCAGCAUUGGUGCUGGACAUAAUGGAACAAAUGGAACCCAGAAAAUAAUGCAAGUUAAUGAAAAACACAUACACAUCCGGUAUGAUGAAGACACUGGUGAGAAUAACAUUGCAUUACUACAACUCCAAGAACACAUUGAGUGCAACAAACACCAGCGUCCUGUAUGCAUCCCUGAAAGAGACUUUGCAGAACACAUUUUGAUUCCAAAACUGGUCGGUACAGUCAGUGGCUGGAAAAUGGAUGGUGAUGAACUUAGAGGUGAAGAGUUGCAGGUUUCAUACCUUCCUUCUGAGGACUGCAAACAAAUACUCAACAUAAGCCUCACAAACAGGCAGUUUUGUGGGCACCACUGGGAGGCCAUAGACAAGCGACUGGCUGGAGGAGGCUUCAUUGCCACCGAGUAUAAGGGCACUUGGUUUUUGACAGGUAUCCUGGGAUCUUGGCCACUAGAAAACAGUGACUGGGAGACAUUUUUAUUCACCAAUGCUGCAAGGUAUAUGAUAUGGUUUAAACAAAAAAUGAAGUAAGACACAAAUGCAGCCAACCCUCCAGCACCAAACUCCUCCUGAUGGCUGCAAAAAACACUUGGACGCAGCAUGCAGAUUAGUUCAACUCUCUGUCACAAUAUGCAGCAAUGGAAAUUGCAAUAGUACUGUAAAUAUUUAACUCCAACUCAUACAAAAAAGCCCAAGUUUGUCUUUCCUUCCUCUGUUGACACACAGUACUGUGAAAAAUCAUGAUGUGGUAAACCUAGUUACUUUACUACAAAACUGACUAAUUCUUAUUACUUUUCAUCCUCAAACUGAAUAAGUUUUUCUGGACUUUUAAGUGUUUCUAGAAGGAAGUAAGUCAUUUUAAUCCCUAAGGUCUGCUCCAACAUAUCCAUAUUCUUAUUUUAGCACCCGUACAAAUAAUACUUAUUAAGGUCAGGGGAACUCCAAGCCUUUAAACACCUACGUUGAUGAGGGACUUGACCCUUAUAUCACACUGAAAAAUGCUUCUCUCAUACAUGGUGGCCAUAUGUUCCCUUAGAAAUCAUGUCCACUUCAGUUAGCUGGUAAAAUAGGAAAGAAUUAAUACAGAAAUAAAACAAGACCCCCAUAGAGGGGAAAAAACAUUUGUUUUAUUUUGUUAAAAACAAACAAACAAACAAGACAUCAUCAUCAUGGCCAAACUUA